AAGCCACAGCUUCUCUCACCACAGACAAACAAAAAAAGGUUUGGUUCCAAAGGCUUAAAGCUUCCAACUACGAUAGUCUCUCAAAUAGCAAUCACACACAAAAACACAUACACACAAAAAAAAAUGAUAGCUUACAUAGAGCCAUACUUUUUGGAUAACGACGCCGACACCGCCUCCGCCGCGACCGCCACCGGAAAAUCUACCGACGGUGUCUCUGAGUCACUCGACAUCCAAGGGGAAAUCUUAUGGGGCGACACUGCGGCGGGUAUCGCCGGGAAGGAUUUUGGUGGCAUGAACUGUGUGAAGCCUCUUGCCGUGGUGAGGCCUGUGGGACCGGAGGAUAUCGCCGGAGCGGUGAAAGCAGCUCUGAGGUCCGAUCAACUAACAGUGGCGGCGCGUGGAAACGGCCAUUCUAUCAACGGCCAGGCCAUGGCUGAAGGAGGGCUUGUCGUCGAUAUGAGCUCCACGGCGGAGAAUCAUUUCGAGGUUGGUUUUUUAUCCGGCGGUAGUGGUACGGCGUUCGUCGAUGUCUCCGGAGGGGCAUUAUGGGAAGAUGUGUUGAAACGGUGCGUUUCAGAGUACGGGUUGGCACCGAGGUCGUGGACGGAUUACCUCGGGUUAACGGUGGGCGGGACGUUGUCGAAUGCCGGCGUCAGUGGACAAGCGUUCCGUUACGGACCACAGACGGAAAAUGUGAGAUGGAUAAGAAUAGUUUACACCGAGUUCGACGAGUUCACUCGGGACGCCGAGUGGCUGGUGAGCCAGGAUGACGAGUCAUCGUUUGAUUACGUGGAGGGAUUCGUUGUCGUCAACGGCGAUGACCCGGUCAACGGAUGGCCUACAGUUCCGCUCCAUCCAGACCACGAUUUUGACCCGACCCGACUCCCACAAUCUGCCGGGUCGGUUCUUUACUGCCUCGAACUCGCUCUUCACUUCCGUGAUUCCGACUCAACCUCAACAGUCGACAAGAGAGUGGAUAGAUUGAUCGGACGGCUGAGAUUUGAUGAGGGAUUGAGUCUGAGAAAAUCGCGAAGGCGAGCGGCACGUGGGAAACGCCGCACCCUUGGCUUAACCUCUUCGUGUCGAAGCGUGAUAUUGAAGAUUUCGAUCGGACGGUGGGAUGACCGUACGUCCGUGGUUUUACCGGAAGGAGAGAUAUUCUACAUCGUGGCGUUGCUGCGGUUCGUGCCGCCGUGUGCUAAAGCUUCAUCGGUCGAGAAAAUGGUAGCUCAAAAUCAGGAAAUUGUUCAGUGGUGUGUCAAAAAAGGAAUAGAUUUCAAACUAUAUCUUCCUCAUUACAAGUCUCGGGAGGAAUGGAUUCGUCAUUUUGGAAACCGAUGGUCGAGAUUCGUUGAUAGGAAAGCUAUGUUUGAUCCCAUGGCUAUCCUUUCGCCGGGUCAAAAGAUUUUCAAUAGGGCUCGUUGACCCUCUAUUUUUUUUUUCCUCUUUUUUUUUUUAUUUUACUUUUGUUAUCUUGAGUUUUGUGGAUUUCAUGUAAUUUUUAUAUAUUUCUUUUUUUUUUCUCUAUAAUUUACUUCAGUUGUUCUUGUCCAAUUAUGGAGUUCUAUUCACAAGAUCAAUGUUCUUUUUUGGUUAAACUUAAAAAUCUAGCUAACGCUUUACACUUGGAUAUUCACUUAGUUUAUUUCUGCAUAAAUUUGUAAAUUUGUAUGGCCAUGUUCGAUCGAGGAUAUCUAUAUAAGAAAG